AUGUUAACUCUCGCCCCCUUUUGCGCCCUGUUGGGCUUGGCGGCAACCUCAUAUGCCAACCCAUUCGACAAACAAGACGCACUUACCGACUGCCUGGUCGGAUCAGGCGUUCCAAUCAAUGCACCUGGUUCGGCCGAUUGGAAGCUUGAUUCUGCCCCUUUCAACCUGCGGCUCAACUACACCCCCGUCGCUAUUGCUGUCCCAACAACAGCCAAGCACGUUCAAGAUGCCGUUGCUUGUGCUGCCGAGCUUGGGAUCAAAGCCAAUGCCAAAUGCGGCGGGCACAGUUAUGCAUCAUUCGGUCUCGGUGGCGAAGAUGGCCAUCUCACGAUUGAGAUGGACCGAAUGAACAAGGUUGUCCUGGACAACAGCACCGGCAUUGCAACGGUCGAAGGUGGCUCAAGGUUGGGUCACGUUGCCUGGGAGCUCUACCAGCAAGGUAGGAGGGGAUUCAGCCACGGCACAUGUCCAGGGGUCGGAGUGGGAGGUCAUGCACUUCACGGUGGGUAUGGUAUCAGCUCCCACACCAAGGGUUUAGCUCUUGACUGGAUAGUUGGGGCCACCGUUGUCCUCGCCAAUUCGACAAUUGUCAACUGCUCCAAGACGGAGAAUCCGGACUUGUUUUGGGCCAUCCGUGGUGCAGGAUCCUCCAUGGGCGUUGUCACCGAGUUCAGAUUCGACACCUUUGAGGUGCCUGAGAAGGUUACCUACUUCAUUGCGCCAGUACAAUGGCCAACAGAGGCCAGAGCUUUGGUUGGUGUCCGAGCCGUUCAGGAGUUUGCCAAGACUAUGCCAAUGGAGUUGAACAUGCGUUUGUUCAUCGCCAAGCGCUUUAUCAACCUGGAGGGUUUGUAUUAUGGAGACAAGGCAGGCCUGCAAGCUGUUCUCGCACCUUUGCAAAAGAUAACCAACGCAACACUCGCGGUGGCCACAACAGGUGGCUGGCUGGAUCAAAUCAAACACUUUGGCAACGGAGUCAACAUUGAUCAGGGGCACAAUCUCGCGCAACAUGAGACUUUCUACUCGACCAGUCUUUACACCAAGGCUUUGAGCGAAGAGAAGCUCGAGCAGUUCGUCAGCUACUGGUUCAAGCAGGCCAAGUCCAAUCCUAGGGACUGGUAUGUGCACAUUGACUUGCACGGCGGUGAGAACUCGGCAGUCAGCUCUCAGGAUGACGAUUCAAGUGCCUAUGCGCACCGAGAUUAUCUUUUGAUGUACCUUCUGUAUGACCGCAUAGACAAGGGCACAUAUCCCGCCGACGGCCAUACCAUCAUGAGCAACUUUGCCCGCAACAUCACCGAGGGCCUGCCCAAAGAGGACUGGGGAAUGUACGUCAACUACCCUGACUCCAGGGGUCUUAUGGACCAGGAAACAGCGCAGGUCAAUUACUGGGGCAAGAAUCUACCAAGACUUCAGGCAAUCAAGAAGGCCGUUGAUCCGAACGAUGUCUUUCAUUACCCCCAGGGUGUCUUGCCAACUACUGAUGCUAGAAGUCUUUGA